CGUCGCAUUUAUUUACAUCAAUUUAAUGGUGUGAAGUUUGGUUUCAAGUUUUUACAAAGUAGAAAGUAGGGGUAGUUUAUUUUUUGCAACAUGGGAAAGCAAAACGAAGAUUUCUACGCUCCUCCUGUGGAAGUGUCAAAAUUUAAAAAGGGGUUGUAUUUCGUCUGUCAAUAACUUUGACUUUAUUUAUCGCCAUAUGAACAAAAACAAUAAGUAACACUGCAUUAACUGACCUCCAUCGCUUAUCUUAUUAAUCAACUAGCAUCCGCGGCAUACUGCGUCAUUAUCACGCUUGUUCUAUCUACGAAACGGACUUAACCCUUGUACGAGCGAUAUGCACUAUCAUUACUUUAAGUUUAUCUACCCACGAUUAAGCACUGUCCACUCGCCUUGACUCGAAAAUGUUUGAAAAAAGUCCAUUGCGUUAUUUGAAUCCUUUUACCGUAGUGCGGGAGUAUGUUCGGAAGCCCAUUGAAGCUUUUAUCUUGAACCAAUACUUGGGGUAUAAGAAGAAAACUGAUCAAAGUUUAACGAGUGUUAAGGAAUUAAUGUAUAGAGUCGCUAUAGUGACUUUGUUUGUGACUGUUAUACUGUGGCUGUCAAUUUUUAUGUAUGUGGGCUUCUAUAAUAUUUAUAUGCCCAAUGUUACCCAUGUGCGGCCGGUGCAUUUUCAAUUCAACGAACCAAAAAAUCCCGAGUUUACAUUGGCCAGGACUGCUCAAGAAUUUAGUAUAAACCUUAAUUUCAGACCAUGUGAGGACAAGUCAGGGAUAUGCUCAUACCCAUACGCUUACGUGCAGCUGACGAAGGCUAGUAACAUCCUGAUGCCUAAGCAGCCAUACCGUAUCAAAUUGGUUCUUGAGAUGCCCGAGUCUCAAGUCAAUAAGGACUUAGGAAUGUUCAUGGUAUGUGUACAAAUGCGCGCUAAGGGUGGCUAUCUUGUCUCCUCAUCGUGUAGAUCUGCUAUGAUCAGAUACAGAUCUCUACUGCAUCACAUAAUGAGGACGUUUGUACUGUCGCCGCUGUACCUCGGAGGCGUUGAUGAAGAGAAACAACAGCUCAGGGUAGAACUGUUCAGCGAUUUCGAAGAUGAUCCUGACAAACCCGCAACAGACGCAUACGUAGAGCUACAGUCGCGUUUCGCUCAGGUGUACUCGAGCGAGCUGCAUGUACAAGCACAUUUCACUGGGUUACGUUACCUUAUGUUCAAUUGGCCCAAGAUAUCUGCUAUUUUUGGUAUCUGCACAAACUUGUUCUUCGUAUCACUAGUAUUUGUACUGAGCUGGUACCAUCUACAAGACGGCUUGCCCGACUUUAUCAAAAAUAAAUUUCGUUCUGAGAUAAAGACUGAAGACGACGACAAAGAUUUCAUUGGAAAAGUCAAAUUGGAAAGAGAAGAUUCAUCUUCAUAUUUCGAAGAGGAUGCUCUUUUAAAGGAAUUCCAACAAAUCGAAUCGAAAGAGGAAACCAAGAAGACUUAAAUGUGAUUACGAAAUUACCUAUAUAUUUUAUUUUUAAUAUUUUUUAGCAAUAUUAUAUUUUAAACAAAUAUAUG